GCCGCACGUCAUAAAGCCUCCGUACAGCCGACCGCCGCUAGUUGGAUAAACAGCCGCGACCGAAACCAAGACAACAGGAGCUCCGUCGCCGCCGCCGCCGCCAUUGACCGGCUUUCUUCGUCUGGCACUCACCUUUGCUCCACCUCCGGCGAAAGGAUAGAGAUAAGAGCGUUACACACCCGAUAAAUUCACAGGAGUUCUCGACGGACUGCCUGUCGUUUGUGAAGCGCCUUCCAGCAUACGUAGUUUUUUAGCUUGCUGCUAGUCAGCUAGCCCGAAAAAGAAAGGCCGUCGAGUUGACACGGCGUCAAUUAUUUAACGAGGGAGCGGAUAUUCCUGGCAUAUCACGCUUGAACCCUCGCACUUGGAUCGGAAAAGCUUAACAUUGAGGAGCAGAAGUCAGAGAGAGGAUGGCCCUAAAAAGGAUCCACAAGGAGCUGAAUGACCUGGCUCGUGACCCUCCAGCACAGUGCUCAGCCGGCCCAGUGGGUGAUGACAUGUUUCACUGGCAAGCCACAAUCAUGGGGCCUUGUGACAGUCCAUAUCAGGGAGGCGUUUUCUUCUUGACAAUCCAUUUUCCCACAGACUACCCCUUCAAACCGCCAAAGGUGGCAUUUACAACGAGAAUUUACCACCCAAAUAUUAACAGUAAUGGCAGUAUCUGUCUGGAUAUUCUCAGAUCACAGUGGUCUCCAGCACUUACUAUUUCUAAAGUUCUUCUCUCCAUUUGCUCACUCCUAUGUGACCCAAACCCUGACGACCCGCUAGUGCCAGAGAUCGCACGAAUCUACAAAACAGAUAAAAAUAAAUACUUCAAAAUGGCGAAAGAUUGGACACAAAAGUAUGCGAUGUGAUGGCGUCAUGUGGAAAGCUGGUGGAAAACAAUGUCGCUGGUUCAGACUUAAAAUUCCGGGAUUCUGCUCUUUUUCACUUUUUAUUUUUGGGAGAAGGGGGUUGAGCAUUGGAGCAUUUUACCCCCUUCCGUUUCUUGUUUGUUUUUUGUUUUUUUUCCCCCCCCACCUGCGCGCUCUUAAGAAGAUAGUGUUUCUUUCUCUCUCUAGGACAUGUGCCAGUUUCUGUUGAGUUUCAACUCCCGUUCUGUAUGGAGCUUUGAAAAAAGGAAA